GAGGGAGGGAUUUUAGGAUGGGGCAGACAAUGACUGUUGUAUGUUUCAAUCCUAUUUCUCUUUUUUCUGCCCAGUGAAUGAAGUUGCAGUUUACAGUCUGCAGGCUCCAGAGCUAAGGAACAGAGCUGAGUUUUUAAAAUAUUCCUGUCAGCUCACACUGGACCCCAACGCAGCGUAUAGAGAGCUCUGUCUGUCUGAAGGGAACAGAAAGGUGACAUGGAGGAGAGAGACCCGGAGAUAUCCCGAUCACACAGAGAGAUUUGAGAGCUGGCCCCAAGUGCUUUGCAGAGAGGGUUUGUCUAGGACUCGCUAUUACUGGGAGAUUGAGUGCAGUGGGGGAGGGGCUUAUAUAGGAGUCACAUAUAAAGGAAUCAGCAGGAAAGGAUGGGAUCAUUCCUGUCUCCUUGGAUACAAUGACAAGUCAUGGAGUUUGGACUGCUCUGGUUCCAGUUACACUGCCUUGCACAAUAACAAUCACACUGCAAUAACUGCCCCCCGCUCCCCCAGAAUAGGAGUGUAUCUGGACUUUAAUGCCAACACUCUGUCCUUUUAUGGCGUCUCUGACACAAUGACCCUCCUGCACAGAUUCCAAACCACAUUCACUGAGCCGCUCUAUCCUGGGUUUUGGCUUCGUUAUUAUGAUUCCCAUGUAACAAUCUGCCAGCUGAAUUAGACUGUUUUGUGUUGUAAGAAACCCUUUGUAUUAAACUCCCUGUCUGUCCUCUCCACUCCUCGGGUGAAGGGAAUGUUCAGUCUGACACAGCUUUGGAUGAAAGUUAGGGGGUAAAACUGUGCCACCUGCAGAACGAAACAAGGUGAAUUACUUGUUUUAGCAACGAAUGUAUUUCAUACGAAAUAACUGUAUUUAAUUUAUUUUUUAAGAAUUGUUAUGUUUAAUAUAUAUUUUAAAAAAUGGCAUCCAAUAGUCAGUGCUGUAACAGUUUUUAAAAAAGUGAACUUAAGUUUGCUUUAUUGUAUGUGUGUUUUUGUUCUUUUAUUUCCAUAAAAUGUUUGUUCUGUUUAUUUUUUCAGAUUGUGAUUUAAUAAAAAAAUUAAUUUGAUUAA